AUGAUGCCUAACCAUUCAUCUUUUCUGAGGCAGUCACCCACUUCACCUUUACAUACGGCGGGUGGAACUGGUGGUGGUCAACAACCACCAUCAAGGAAGCCAUCAAUUGUUGAAAUAUUGAGCUCACCUCCUCCAUUACCUAUGAAUACACCAGAUCAUGAGGACGUGCAUAGCUUUAGCCUUUCGAGAAAUGCAUCAGUAAGUUCUAGAGCAUCGUCUGUCGCUACUGGUAGCACCCAUAAUCAAGUCGUAGGAACCAAUGGAUUAGAUUGGUAUGAUAUUCCGCUUUAUGAUUUGGCUGAAUCUAAUAAAUUGAUUUCUAUAAACUCGAGUUAUUCUGUUCAACGAGCAUUUCAAACUUUAGUAAAACAUAACCUUACAAGUGUUCCGGUCUCCUUAUCGAAGGAUAACUCUGAUGAUUUGACUAAUUGUUUGACGUUUGACUAUAGUGAUUUGAAUACUUACUUGCUUUUAAUUAUGAAUAGGAUCAACCUCGGAGACUUGGCGGUAAAUGAGAUAGGUGAUCCAUCUUUGUCGCCAAAACAGAAGCAUGAUUUAGUGUUGCAGACAAUAAAUAAAGCAAAGAGAGGAGAAGAAGUACCAGUUGACUUCAUUGUACGGUUACAUCCCAAAAAUCCAUUUGUUAAAUUCUAUGAAUCGGAAACCCUUUUCAAAGUCGUUGAGGUACUUGGAAGCGGCGUUCACAGAGUAGCCAUAACUGAUGUUGGAGGUAAAAAUAUUGUAGGCAUUUUAUCUCAAAGAAGACUUAUAAAAUAUUUGUGGGACAAUGCCCGUAGGUUUCCAUCUUUAGAAUUUUAUUUGAACUCAACAUUGCAGGAUUUGCAAAUCGGAUCCAGCACUCCAAUAACCAUUUACGAAGACCAAAUGUUGAUCGAAGCAUUACAUAAGAUGUUCAACGAAAGAGUAACUUCACUUGCUGUCAUAGAUAGAGCAAAGUCAUUGAUAGGGAAUAUAUCAAUUGUGGACGUGAAGAACGUUUCGAGCUCAAAGGAGUCACAUCUUUUAUUCAAAUCAGUGUUGAACUUUAUUAGUUACAAUUUGUCCCAAAAAGGGAUAGACGAGGGUCAAGAUCAAUACCCUAUAUUUCAUGUGAACACGCAGUCUUCUCUUGGCAGAGUGAUUGCAAAGCUCGUGGCCACUCAGUCUCAUAGGUUAUGGGUUGUUGAAUCAAGGGUGCAGCAUAAUAGCUCAGUGAGCUCUUCGUCGAGUUCAACUCCGUUGGCUACGCCUACGACAGUCGAAGCAGCCCUAAACCAACCUCCCUCUGCUAGUAACGAACCCAUGGGACUCCCAGGAAAAUUGAUCGGUGUUGUAACUUUAACUGAUAUUUUAGGCUUAUUUGCCUCUUUAAAAGGGAAGAAAACAGAUCCGCUUGCCGCUAGAAAUCAAAGAAGACGCUCUUCAACUUCAACUAGGUCCAGCUUUGAAGCACCAGCUAACGCUAAUCAAGAGAUGUUCAGAAAAGCAUAUGUUUCGGACACUAAGAACGAAAGUGUAUUUUCGAAGGAUUAA